CUAAUCCAAAGUAUUUGAAACGACUACCAAUCUCCUUUACUGUUGCCGAUCAAACCCAAUAUACCGUUGAUGAUCGAAACAAUCCACAAAAUGUGCAACAACAGAGACAACGGUCAUAAUCGAAGUACAUUCAUUUCCUGUUGAAUCAUGUUGACUCUCAGUCACCAAAGUUCACAUGUCUGCAAUGUUAUUGUUUACAAUUCACUGCAUACUUCGAAGUCUGCUCACAAUCCAUUGCAUAAUCUAAAUUACUCCAAGGUCAAUACGAAUAAAAAGCAUAGAAAUUAUAGGUCAUGCACCAUACAAAACCAGCAUAGUAAUUUAUCAAUGACAAAAAACAGAGAGAGUAACGUGGGCUGUACAUAUGGUGACGAUAAUUCCCAGUGGUUGUCUUUAGAGCUCCAACGCCUACUCUCAAUGCAGAUAAAACCAAGCAUUGGGAUUGUAUUAACGCGAGGUAAAUGGAAAUGGGAUGUACAUGAAAGCUCAUUGUAUCAAUUCUCUGGAAUUAUGAGAUUUUAUAAUGUGGCUAAGAGGAAUGAAAUUUUUAUCACGAAAGUUCAAGGGCAAUUAAGGCUCUUUUCCACUGAAUGCCUAAAUGGUCUCAACACAUCCGUACAGAUAAUUUCUCGGCAUCCAGGAGGCAAUCCGGCACCGCGCAAAGAUGGUUACUGGCCUGUGUAUAUCAUUCGAGCUGGACAUGACACAUCUAUAGAGGUGGUUAUACAGGUCAAGGCAGAUUGUGGGAAGUUACUUGAGGAUCUACAGGCGAUACUGGUGGAAGUAGAAUAUGUUUCAUAUGGUCCUCACGGAUGUUCUACCCACCUUCAACAUGUUAUAUUGCCACUACAGUACACUCAAAGCUACAAUCAAACUCUCUCUUGGAAAAAGGUGGGAGGAAUCUGCAGCGUUCUUCCUGUACCUACACAUCUGCUUUGCCAUUUGGAUGAUCCAGUGAAGGUUAUCAAGAGUUAUGUUUUACCUCAUGCAAAAGCAGGUGAUAUCAUCGCCAUUAGUGAAACACCAUUGGCUAUUAUGCAAGGGCAUUUUCGUCAUCCACAUAGUAUACAUCCAGGCAUACUAGCUCGUCUUGUAUGCCGACUGUUUCAUCCAACAUCAUCUUUAGCAACUGCAUGUGGCAUGCAGACUCUCAUUGAUAUUUCUGGAAUCUUAAGGGUUGUGUUUGCUUCUCUGCUUGCUAUCAUAGCCAGAGUUAUGGGAAUUCGAGGGAUGUUUUAUCGCCUAGCAGGUGAGCAGGCAAGGCUCAUAGAUGAUGCUAGUGGAAAUUUGCCUCCAUAUGAUCAGUUUAUCACUCUUGGUCCUGUAUGUUGUCAGGAAACAGUUGAUAAUCUGAAGUCAGAAACAGGAUAUGAAGUGGCUAUUGUGGAUGUCAAUGACUUAAAACGGGUGCAGAUCUUGGCCGCAUCAUUUGGUGUGGACCGUAACUAUCUUGAGUUGGCUCUCAGAGACAAUCCUGCUGGAAAUGAUGACGAGCAGACACCAAUUGUACUUAUAAGAGGUUUGAGACCACCCUUCCAUGCAACCAGCUGAUAGCAGCAGAUCAAUUACCUGGUUAUGGGGACUAAUCUCAUGGCAUACCUAGAAGAUGGAUGCAGCGCUUGGGUGAAUGUGUGAAUUAAUGAACAAGCUUAGUUUUUGGUGUUACAGCAGUUAAUAUGAAGUGCUUAAAUUGAUCAAGGAAAAGCAGUUAUGUUUUGGAAAAUGAAUAAUCAUGUAUUCUGAAAGUUUUGAAGAUCUCCUUUCUUACAUGUAUUGGCUCCUUCAUAUGGAUUCUGCAUGUUGUGGAAUCACUGAAGAAGAGGUUUUGAUGAUGAUGCAUUUUUGGUCAAUAUUGCACUUAUGUUGCUAGUGAACCAAAUCAAAAAAAGAGCCUGAGAUGCUCAGGUGUGGGUAACGAUUUUGUGGCCGUUGGCGAUAUUCAAGAUUGAUUAUAAUUUCAAACAGUAUCAAUCAAUAUUAAACAACAAUGGAUUUUAAUAAAAAGUAAUGGGUAUGUAUGAAUCAUGAUAGUUCAAGCCUGGAGUUUUUAAUUUGAAGCCGGUGUAAACAGCAGCAUUAUCCGUGUUUAAAUUGUAGGUGCCCUAUUAAGAAGAAACACUGAAUACAUCAUGAUUAUUAACUUCAAUUUUA